AUGAUGAAACAGUCCCAUCUGGCACCUGGCAUUAUCCCCGAGACAGCACAAUUGGUCAGCCAUGAACAGAAAAUAGCCGAACCGUACUUGAAACCCACACCACUCAGUUAUCUCACCUCUCAAGAACAUACCGACAAAGACUUGUUGAGGCAACAAUUGCCGGGAACAAACGGACAAGCCAAUAUCUUGAACACAAGCAGUAGACAAGACACGCCGUGUACUCUCAAUCAAUGGUCAUCCCUUAGCGAAAAGAGACCAAGCUUUUCAAAACUGACAUUGGGACUUUCACCUUCGAUUUUCCAUUCUUUUUUGUCCCCACAACAGGUUAUCUACCAGAAACAUAAAAAUCCCCACACCUCCAGUCACUCAUUAAAAUAUUCAAACGUCAGACGUGAUAAGUUCGACACACGCAUUCGUUCAUCACCAUCAGCAUACGACAAACCUGAAUAUGCCUACACAUCCACUCGGUCAUCAACAUCAUCACGCGACGAAAAUGAAGAUCCCGACACAUCCAUUCGUUCAUCAACAUCAUCACACGACGAAAAGAAAAGUCCCAGCACAUCCAUUCGCUCAUUAUCAUCAUCUUCAUCAUCAUGGAUUGACGAAGAUAGUUAUGUCGACAGCUUGAUUCUCUCACCAACGUCACCAUACAACAAACAUAAAUACUUCGACACCUCCACUGCCUCAUCAACAUCAUCAUGUAGCGAGGAGACAAGUAGCUUCUCUCCAACCGUGCGCUACCACCUAGAUUCAGCUACUUUGUUUGGGGAUGUGGAUUCGCCAACACCACAACCAGCUCCCAGAGGGAGAGUGGAUUCUCCAACAACACCCCCAGCUCCCAGAGGGAGAGUGGAUUCUCCAACAACACCCCCAGCUCCCAGAGGGAGAGUGGAUUCUCCAACAACACCCCCAGCUCCCAGAGGGAGAGUGGAUUCUCCAACAACACCCCCAGCUCCCAGAGAGAGACGGGUAAGGAAAAUUGUUCGCCGUCCGCCAACCCCAACUUUUGUUUCACCAAGCCAAUACCCAGUGCCUCCACCAGGCCACAGAGAUGCAAAAAGGAAUCUGUUUAGAAAGACGCAACGUUAUAUGAACUAUUGCCGUGAUAAACAGGCAGCCACGCCUAGAAAAAAGAAGCCAGAGUCGGCCUACUUUAGUGACUUCUACUCGCCGUACAGAGAUCACAGUUUUCGUGAAGAUGAGUCUCUUAGUUCUCCAGAAUCGCCAAACGCGUCUGUUUACACUCUAGAAGAUAUAUCCCCUGAAUUGACUGAUGAGAAAGAGUCCCCUACAUCACCGACCAGGGGAGCAUGUGGAGGUAUCAAACCCCCCUGCUUCCAGUUAGCAGCAGAGUUCGGUGAAGAACCACCACGUCCUGCGAAAGCGCGGCCGCUCACCGAAACAAAUUUUCACAACUUCAUCAACGAGUAUAUGACGACUGCUGUGAUGUUCUACGACGGUAAAAAAACUUUGCCAGACAUCAUCAAAGUGUGGGACAGACAGGCUCAAGAGAAAUCCAACUAUGGCAUCGAGGCCUACGGCUCUGUCGACUGCAAUAUAGAACGAGAACUGUGUUUCCGUGAACACGCCUAUGCAUUUCCGUUUUACAAGAGGUACGUCGGAGGGUAUGCAGUGGCUUCGGGAAGCCAUUUUAAAAUGUGGAACGAAAAUGUUUAA